UUUAUUUCACAAUUUGAAAUAAAAAAGAAAAUUAAUUUUGAGGCCACCGUCUCUGUGUUCAUGAAACAUCAAACGUCCCCAUCCAUUAAUAUAUUGAGAGAAAAAGGAACGAAAAGUGAAUAAUAUUCUUCUUAGUAUUUAAUAUUCUUUUAUAAGAAAAAAUAAUUAAAAAUAAAUAAAUAAAUAAACAAAAAAUAGCGACAGUGUAUAAGAAAAAGACAGUAAAUAUUUGCUCCCUCGUUAAAAACUUGACUACUUUUCCCUCCCCACCAUAUCUCACUAACCACGAACAAAGAAAAUCUAUGGCUCAACAGGAAGAGGGGUGGCCAUUGGGGCUGCAACCGCUAAAUGUGAGAGUUGGGCUGGUCAGAAAUCGUGAAGUCAACGGUUCUCUUUCCUUCAAUACUUUACUCACUGGCUCCCCUGUUUCUUCCUCUGAUUCUUCUUCUGAUCUUGAUACUGAGUCAACUGGUUCUUUCUUCCAUGACAAGAGUAUAACAUUGGGUAGCCUAAUCGGCAUUUCGAGCAUUCUAGAACUUUCUAGAAGGUCCAAUAGAGGAAGAACGACCGAACCGAUUCGAAACAAAAGGAACUACAAAACAAGAACAUGGUUUCUAUCAUUGUGUUCAAGGCUAAGUACAGAUGCCGUGAGUAUGAACAACAAUAACAACAAUGCCCCUUCGCUCGGUCACUUUCUUGAAGCGGAAAGAAGGGUUGGCGUUAGCAAUUACGGUAGGCCCGACGAUUUUUCCCGUGUUUUGGAUCCGAAUUCUUUAUUUGUUGAAGGGCGAAUUGCUCCACCACCGCCACCUCAGCAGCCUCGAUCGAGUUCGAGGGGUUGGAUUGAUUCGAACGAGGAGGAACCCCCGUUGCUUCUCUCGUGUUUGUGUGGAAAUCUUACUCAUUAAUCAUCUAAAUUUAACAUUUGAAUAUUAAUUUUUUUCUUUUUUAUUUCUUUUAACAGCUUCUCCAGUUGUGUUGAAGUUUGAUUAAUAGUAUAAUCUUUUAAUUAAGGUCAAAAGUAGUGAAUGCACAGCACCUGCAUUAAUUAUGGUGAUGUCUUUGUAAAGAUUCUCCACGUGCCUGCCCUAA